AUGACUUGUAAGACGGGAGGAUUUGUCGUCAUACGGCAUGAUGAAGUCAGGGACCUCACUGCCCAAAUGCUCAGGGAAGUCUGCCAUGACGUGAGGGUGGAACCAGACCUUCUGCCGACUGGAGGAAGAAGCUUCACCCUGAGAUCGGUAAACACCGCAGAGGAUGCUCGCCUAGACAUCAGCGCCAGAGGAUUUUGGGCCCGAGGCCAGAGAGCAUUCUUCGAUGUAAGGAUCUUUAAUCCUAUGGCGCAGAGCAACAGGGACCAGGAUCUACAUGCUGCCCACGGAAGGCAUGAAAACGACAAGAUCCGAGAAUAUGGAGAACGAAUAGAAGAAGUGGAACAAGGGACUUUCACGCCCCUUGUAUUCACGACCACAGGAGGAAUGGCCCCAAGGGCAAAGGCCUUCUACGCUAUCCUGGCGCAUAUGAUUCGCGGAGUCGUUCUCUUCGCGGCGUGUGUGGCGGCGGCGGCUGCUCUGCCCAUUGAAAUGAAUGAGGACAAAAUGACGUCUGUCAUGAAUGACAUGGCGGCCAUUUGGAAAGAGAUAGAGGAGAUUCGCCAGGAGAUCAGCCUCCACCUGCACGGCGGCCACCAGGAGCGAGGCCAUGACAAGAUCGUAGGGGAGGUGGAAAUACUCCGCCAUGAGCACGAAACACACCAUCUUCACCAUCAGCACGAAGGACACGAGGAUCACCAUAACGAGGAGUUGCUACAACACUUAGAAGACACUCACGGACACAGUCAUGAGGCUGACCAUCACGACGACCAUCACGACGACCACCAUGAACACCAUCACCAUGACGACCAUCACGACGACCACCAUGACGACCACCAUGAACACCAUCACCAUGACGACCACCAUGAACAUCAGCAUGACCACCACCAUGAUGACCACGACCACCACGACGACCAUCAACAUGAAAAGCACCAUGAGGACGACCACCACGACGACCACCAUCACCAUGACGACCACCACGAUGACCACGACCACCACGACGACCACCAGCACGAAGAGCACCAUGAGGCCGACCACCAUGACGACCACGAUAAACACGACCACCAUGACGACCACCAUGAACAACACCAUGAUGACCACGACCACCAUGAAGACGACCAACAGCACGAAGAGCACCAUGAGGACGACCACCAUGAGGACGACCACCACGACGACCACCAGCAUGAAACACACCAUGAAGACGACCAUCACGACGACCACCAGCACGAAACGCACCAUGAGGACGACCACCACGACGACCACCAGCACGAAGAGCACCAUGAGGACGACCACAACGACGACCACCAUGAGGACGACCACCACGACGACGACCACCACGACGACCACCAGCACGAAGAGCACCAUAAGGACGACCACCACGACGACCACCAGCAUGAAACGCACCAUGAGGACGACCACCACGACGACCACCAGCACGAAGAGCACCAUAAGGACGACCACCACGACGACCACCAUGAGGACGACCACCACGAGGACGACCACCACGACGACGACCACCAGCAUGAAACGCACCAUGAGGACGACCACCACGACGACCACCAGCAUGAAACGCACCAUGAGGACGACCACCACGACGACCACCAGCACGAAGAGCACCAUGAGGACGACCACCACGACGACCACCAGCACGAAGAGCACCAUGAGGACGACCACCAUGAGGACGACCACCACGACGACGACCACCACGACGACCACCAGCAUGAAACGCACCAUGAGGACGACCACCACGACGACCACCAGCACGAAGAGCACCAUGAGGACGACCACCACGACGACCACCAGCACGAAGAGCACCAUGAGGACGACCACCAUGAGGACGACCACCACGACGACGACCACCACGACGACCACCAGCACGAAGAGCACCAUAAGGACGACCACCACGACGACCACCAGCAUGAAACGCACCAUGAGGACGACCACCACGACGACCACCAGCACGAAGAGCACCAUAAGGACGACCACCACGACGACCACCAGCAUGAAACGCACCAUGAGGACGACCACCACGACGACCACCAGCACGAAGAGCACCAUAAGGACGACCACCACGACGACCACCAGCAUGAAACGCACCAUAUGGACGACCACCACGACGACCACCACCACGACGACCACGAUACUCACGGUCUGCACAAGUAA